UAAACAUAUCUAACAUCAUUUUAUAUAGCAGGUUUUUUUGCAUUAAUUUACUAUUUAAAUUUUGCACCACCUCAACAGAAGCGUCCACAAACACGCCAAUUAAUUAAGGUGUCAGGCUUUUUUUAUGAGGUAGGUUUAAAAUAGCAAUGAAUUGCUCAACCAGAUCCACCUUCCUGAACACCCGCCUCCUGAGAGUGGUGCUGGGAUCGUCGCCCUGAUCGCCAGUCAGACGGACAGAGAUGAGUUCUGUGCAGGAGGUAAACCCAAGGGUCCGGGUGAUCAGAGACCCAGUGAACCUGCAGAGUCUGGCUGCACAGAUCUCACAGCAGAUUGCACAGGGUGAGCAGAAAGCUUUUACAAAGGUAAUUGAUCUUAGCUCCUGUGAUCCCCACCGGACAGGGUUGCCACCCAUCUCCUUUGUUCGCCAGGUCUUAUCACUGUGUUGUUACCCGGAGCUCCUCAAAGAAGACAGCUUUCCUCUGGACGUCAAACAGAAGACACAGAAGCUUCUGGAAGCCUGUAAUGGAGGCAGCAUUGGUUCAUAUUCUUCCUCUACUGUUGGGUUACCUCCAAUCCAAAGAUCUGUUGCUGAGUUUCUCACAAGAAGAGAUGGUGGGAUAAAUUCAAAUCCAGAGGACAUCAUCUUCUCCUCCGGCUCACAGAAGACUUUGGCGAUGAUGAUACAUUUGCUGUCACGUGAGGAUGGACAGACUGAGACUGGUGUGUUGGCCCCCCUGCCAUGUCCACACACAUUACCCAUGCUGCUGGAUGAAGUGGGGGUGAAACUGGUGCCCUACAGGCUGACGGAGGAGCGAGGAUGGGCCGUAGACCUGGAAGAGCUGCACCGAGUCCUAAUGACCGCUAGGAGGCAGUGUGAUCCCAGAGCCAUUUACGUCGGUAACCCGGGAAACCCAACAGGUCAUGUGCAAGACAGAGAAACAAUAGAAAAAAUGAUUCACUUCGCAGCAUCGGAGCGACUUGUUUUGCUAGUUGAAGAAGUUUACCAGGACAGUGUGUUUGGACAGGACAAAGAGUUUCUCUCAUAUAAAAAGGUCCUGUUUGAGAUGGGCGUUUCCUACUCAGAGACAGUGGAGAUGGUGUCAUUCCACUCAAUAUCGACAGCCACAAUGGGAGAGUGUGGUCUGAGAGGAGGCUAUAUGGAGUUAAUCAACCUGGAUCCAGCAGUGAAAAAGAUUUUAUUCCAAUAUCCGUCCAGCGCUUCCAUUUUACCACAGUUGGCGAUUGAGAUCAUGGUCAAUCCACCUGCACCUGGAGAUGCUUCGUAUGAAAAAUACACACAGGAGAUUCUUGUGAGAGCAGAAACACUCUCCCAGAAUGCAGGACGAGCAUGCAAGCUUCUGAACGCCCUACCAGGGAUGAGCUGCCAGCCGGCGAUGGGAGGAGUCUUCCUAUAUCCUCACCUGCAUUUACCUGCUGAAAUCAUUGAAGAGGCUAAGAUGUUACGACUGUCAGCAGAUGUUCUGUACUGUCGGAGGUUACUGGAGGAAGAAGGUAUUUGUUUGGGGCCUGGCUGUGAAAACGGACACAUUGAUGAAAACUUUCACAUCAGGCUUUGUGUUUUAGCGCCUCCUGCUGUCCUGGAGGAUGUCCUGACGCGUCUUUGUUCUUUUCACCAUCGUCUCCUCAGCGGACCAGACUGAUGAAAUUUGAAGGAUACAAAGAGAAAAAGAAUCUUUUAAAACUUUUAGUGAAAAAAGGUUUCCAAAACUAUGGAAACCAUGGAAUCCCUGCUAUCAAUAUUUUCAGAUACACAUAUUAUGAUAAUGAGGUAAUUAUGUCAUAGAAUAAAAUCAGCACUUUUGUCACUGCUGCAUUUGUCUUGGGGAACAAAUAAAAUUGUCCACUUAGAUUUACUUUUAAACAAUAAAUAAACACAACUUCAAUUUUAAAUUGUUGAGACGUAUAAUUGUUUUAUUUUAAAAACGCUGAAUGUAAAUGCAAAAUAAAAAACAACAACCUAUUGUUCUCCUGUGGGAGGAGACUCCAGGGCAAGACCUGCUUACGCUUGAGGAACGUUUUAUCCCUUCUAGCUUGGAAACAUCUCAAGGUCACCCAGGAUGAGCCCCAGAGUGUCGCCAGGGGAAUGUUUGGGUUUCCCCCCAGAACCUGUUACCCUUGUGACCCAAUAUUGGAUAUGCAGAAAACAGUGAAUUGUUGGUUAGAACAUCUCUGCAGAUAAUGGCUUCAGUGCAUACAAAGCAAAAAAAGUUAUCAAGUUACAAAGCAAAA